GUUCAAAGCAUCCCCCCACCCCCUGCCUCUGACAUCCAAGGAGCCUGUUUAUUCGUUCUCGUCUGCAGCAGCAUUCUUUGCCUGCCUGCGCCUGCACCCCGGCCUCCUCCAUCUCCAGCCCUGAGAGGUCCCGCCUUGUGUCACUGAGGCUACUCUGACGCAUGGAUCCCCUGGGCCCAGCCAAGCCACAAUGGCUGUGGCGCCACUGUCUGGCCGGGCUGCUGUUUCAGCUGCUGGUGGCUGUGUGUUUCUUCUCCUACCUGCGUGUGUCCCGAGACGAUGCCACUGGGUCCCCUAGGUCAGGACUCAUGGCUGUGGCACCUGUCACUGGAGCUCCCAAUGGGUCCCGCUGCCAGGACAGCACGACGACCCCUGCCCGCCCCACCCUCCUGAUCCUGCUGUGGACGUGGCCUUUUAACACACCCAUGGCUCUACCCCGCUGCUCAGAGAUGGUGCCCGGCGCCGCCGACUGCAACAUCACUGCCGACUCCGAUGUGUACCCACAGGCAGACGCGGUCAUCGUGCACCACCGGGAUAUCAUGUACGACCCCAGUGCCAACCUCCCGCCCCCCACCAGGCCGCAGGGGCAGCGCUGGGUCUGGUUAAGCAUGGAGUCUCCCAGCAAUUGCCGGCACCUGCAGGCCCUGGACGGAUACUUCAAUCUCACCAUGUCCUACCGCAGCGACUCCGACAUCUUCACGCCCUACGGCUGGCUGCAGCCGUGGUCCGGCCAGCCUGCCCACCCACCGCUCAACCUCUCGGCCAAGACCGAAUUGGUGGCCUGGGCAGUGUCCAACUGGAAGCCAGACUCGGCCAGGGUGCGCUACUACCAGAGCCUGCAGGCCCAUCUCAAGGUGGAUGUGUACGGGAAAACCCACAAGCCCCUGCCCAGGGGGACCAUGAUGGAAACACUGUCCCGGUACAAGUUCUACCUGGCCUUCGAGAACUCCUUGCACCCCGACUACAUCACCGAGAAGCUGUGGAGGAACGCCCUGGAGGCCUGGGCCGUGCCUGUGGUGCUGGGGCCCAGCAGAAGCAACUAUGAGAGGUUCCUGCCGCCUGACGCCUUCAUCCACGUGGACGACUUCCAGAGCCCCAAGGACCUGGCCCGAUACCUGCAGCAGCUGGACAACGACCACGCCCGCUACCUGAGCUACUUCCGCUGGCGGGAGACGCUGCGGCCUCGCUUCUUCAGCUGGGCACUGGCUUUCUGCAAGGCCUGCUGGAAACUGCAGGAGGAAUCCAGGUACCAGACAGUGCGCAGCAUAGCAGCUUGGUUCACCUGAGAGGCCGGCGAGGGGCCUGUGCUGCCGGGACCUCACUUUCCCAGGUCCUCACCUACCUAGGGUCUCACUAGUCUGGGGAUUUACCUACCUGGGGUCUCACCUGCGUGGGGCCUCGCCUGCUGGAGUCUUUGGUGGCCAGGAAUGUGACUUACCUGGGACUUCACAUCCCGGGCUUUAACCACUGCCAGGAGUCUCCCCUGCUGGGGACCUUGCCAGCUGGGGACGGCGCCUCCUGGGAACCUUGCUUGCUGGAGGCUGCACCUACUGAGGAUCUCGGCUGUUGGGGACUUUACCUGCUAGGACCUGGUCCCAGAGACCUCGCCAUACUGAAUGUCACCUGUUAGGAGCCUCACCUGCUGGGGACCUCACCCUGGAGGGCACCCUGGGAACUGGUACCCUUGAGGCCCUGCCCCUGGGCGAUGGUGCAGGCUGGUUAGCUUGUGGUUUUAUUGCCGUUGUUAACCACCCAUGAGGGGUGCAAACAGACAAUGCUGUUACCAUUUUCACACAAGAAUGCUUCAAGGAAAGCUCCUGUGUGCCCCUCACUCUAAAACAGUGGUUCUCAUGCAGGGCGAUUCCAUCCCCAAGGACACUUGGCAAUGUCCGGAGACAUUUUCAGUCAUCACAACCCGGGGAGGAGGACGAGGUCACCUAGUGGGUAGAGGCCAGGGUUACUCCACACCUCCUACAAUGCACAAGUUGGGGCCCCUACAACCAACAAUGAUGGUUCCAAAUGUCCAGGGGCAGAAAACCCUGUUCUAGAACUUUCUAUGACCCUGGAGGUCAAGCCCCUUGGGGGGGGGAGUGUUCAGAUUCCUCAGGGGUCCUCUCCUCCAACUGGCUCCCUGGGUGGUGGGCUCUGGCACCCACCCAGAAGUGAAAGUCUUUUUUCUGAAGAUCUCAGGUCAAGAACUCCCAAGUCAGGCAAGCCCUGCAUAGAGCCCUGCUCCACCACUUAGGGGCUGCAGAUGGGUUCUGACUGGAAAUGAGGACAUCUGGAACAUUCCGGAACAUUCUGGGCUUGGGGGAAAUUGCUGCUCUCUGGAAUGCCAAGGGGGACCUGGUGGUGGAAGGUGGUGGUGAAUCCCAGGUGCUCUCAAUCUCCCUAUUUGCACAGUGGACAUGCAGGCUCUGAGGGCUGGGGAGUGGGGCCCGUGCUCUCCAGGAGUGAAGAUGGGCAGGGCUGGGAUAAAGGGACCCUCUCUGCCCAGGGCCCAAGGGAGCUGGAUGUGUUGCCCUAGGUGUGUAGGGCAGGUCAGAGAAGGGCAGGAUCCCCUGAGGAGGAGGGCAAGGGGAAUGUGUGUGACCAUCAGCAGUGGUGUGCACAUGGCUGAGGGACACUCGGUGUGACUGUCAGCAGGUGGGUGUCACAAACAGAUCACUGUGGGUGUGACCUUGGUGUGACUCUGGUAGUGCCUGUGGAUGUGUUGCGAUGCCUGCCUGUGGCUCUAUGUGGGUGUUUGUAGGUGGUGGUGAUUGCAAAUGUGAGAAAGAAUGUGUGGCCCUGCGAGGCUUUGAGUGUUGGAUGGAGCAGGAGCCCCUCUCUGAGUGUGCGUGUCUGUGUGUCUCUCUGUGUCACCGCACAAGGCCGUAUCUGCAUGGACCUGUGUCCUUGGGUGUGGUGAAGUGGGCUGUGUGGCGCCACAUAUGGGAUUCUUAAGCUGUGUCUGCAAGUGGCUGUGACCAUGUGUGUGGCCUUGUGGAUGAGCAGGGGGAGGUGGGGUUCUUAAAAGUAUUACAGGAGGGGAAACUGAGGCCCACAGAGGGCCAGGGACCCAGGCCAAACAUUCCUCCCUGCAGGGGGGUAGGCAGAGACCCUGCGGGAUGGUGGGAGGAUCAGCAUGACCUCAGCCUCCUGAAGGUGCCGGCAGUGGCUCUGCUCUGCAGAGAAGGUAGGUGGCUGAUGCCCAGAAAAGUUGAGGAACUCACCCAAGGCCACACAGCUGCCAGAGGUGAAAGUGGGUUUUCUGAAGAUCUCAGGUCAAGAACUCCGAAGUCAGGCAAGUCUCCCAUAGAGCCCUGCUCUACCACUUAUGGUCUGCAAGUGUCUUCUGACUGUAAAUGAAGACUUCUGGAACAUUCUGGAACAUUCCAGAACAUUCUGUGCUUGGGGGAAAUUGCUGCUCUCUGGAGAAUGCCAUGGGGGACCUGGUGGUGGAGCGUGGUGGUGACUCCCAGGUGCUCUCAGCCCAGUUUCCCCAUCUGCACAGUGGACAUGCAGAGGUGCUUGUGAUGGCUCCCCCAGGCCCAGGUGGGAGGCUGGAGGGGCAUAGA